AUGGAUCUGGAGGUGGUUGGGCGUCACGCGAUGCUGUUUGACGACGAUGGCAUGGCGGCGUUCGUCAACUCAGCGGAAGCUCUGGUGGAAUGGAACUCCCUCUCCAUCGAUCGCUACGAUGUUCGCCACCUUCUCUCCGCUCCCCUUCCUCCGCGCCUCAAGCGCCGCCCUCCUCAGGCUGAACCCGACCUCGAUCACCAACGCUAUCUCGAUCUUCCUUCCUCUUCUUCCGAUGAAGAACCACAAGAUAAUGGUUCAGAGCCGGUGACUUCAGCUGGCUUUCAUGCCGUUGCCUUUUCAUAUGGAAAUUCCAAUGUGUCCAUGGAGACAAAGGACAAUGAUACCAAGUCUAGUUUUCGUCCUAAAUUCCCAGUACCAGAAAGUCUACUCCAUAAUCUGCCUCCAAAUGAGAAAGUACAUCAGAUUAUUUCAAGGACUGCAAUGUUUGUCAGCAAACAUGGAAGUCAAUCAGAAAUCAUUCUUAGGGUGAAACAAGGAGAUAAUCCAACAUUUGGAUUCCUGAUGCCUGAUCAUCAUCUUCAUGCAUAUUUUAGAUUUCUUAUUGAUCACCAAGAGCUUCUGAAAGCUGACAAAGAAGAUGACAGCUCAAUUGAGGACAUCAAUAAGACUCAGGGGAUUGAUCAAACAGGUGGUGCUUUAUCUUUGCUUGGAUCUGUCUAUGGAUCUGGAGAGGAUGAGGAUGGUACAUCUGAGAAUAAUUGUGACUUUGAGAAAAAAGAAUGUGAGGGUGCUGUUGAUGCUGUUAGUACUUAUACUUCUCCUGGAGUAGAACAGGCAGAAUCUUGUUCGGAUGUGGCCAAGAAGGAUGGAAGCAUUUCUAAAAAUACAAUACCUUCUUUGAAAGAAAAAGUUCCCGUAAUAAAGCGGAAUCAUUCUAUCAGUACUGUUAAGACUGCAACCACAGGGAGAGCAAAAACAGGUGAUGGCAUGGAUUCAAUGUCUAAUACGCAGAACAAGUCGCAGACUUCUGUCCCUAGUACUGCUGCUAAGAUUGAACUGCCUGUUGUUGAACCUCCAUCUGAAUUAAAGAGAGCUAUAGAGAAGAUAGUCGAGUUCAUCCUAAAAAAUGGAAAACAAUUUGAGGCUGUUCUUGCAGAACAGGAUCGCCCUCAUGGAAGGUUCCCAUUUCUUCUGCCAUCCAAUCGAUAUCAUACUUACUAUCUAAAAGUUCUUCAAACUGUUGAACAGUCCAAGUUAAAAGGCAAGGGCCACAAGAAGCACAAUCGAGCAGGCCGUGCAGGGGACAAUAAUUCUGCUGUACAUGAUGAAGGUGACAAUCUUUCACAUGAAUCUAUGGCUUCUGAUCUACCAAAUGAUAUGGACAGAAAAGAAAAGUUCAAGAUGACUAUUGGCAAGUCAAAGAAGGAUGGUCAAGAUCCAAUUCCCAAAGACCAUGCUCAGAAUACAGUUAGCAUGGAUGCAGCAGCGACAGCAGCUAUUCUUCAGGCUGCCACUAGGGGUGUUAAAAACCCUAAUAUGGAAUUUUUUGGCAAGCCAUCAAGUGCUAGUGGUCAGGGCUUUGGAAGUGAGGGUGGGUGUAUAUCGAGCUCUGGGACUGGGAGCUUGUAUUCAUCUCAACCACAAGGUUUUGUUGAAAAUCCAAACCUGACUGCAAAGGCUAAGGCUUCUGCCCCUGUUGCCAAGGCUAUUGCGGAAAAAAUAGCUAUUGCAGCAGCAGGUGAGGCGGACUCCUCUGAAGCGCACAUGACUAAAGAGCAAAAGAUUAAAGCAGAGAGAUUGAAACGAGCGAAGAUGUUUGCAGCCAUGCUAAAAAGUGGUGUUGGAGGUGAACUGCCACGAGCUUUAUCAGUGGAGCCACUUGGCUCUGGUCUUUCAGGUUCAGACGCUGAGACUGGGAAUCUUGUGGGUAAAGAAAGGGAAGGAAGUUCUGUUCCAUUUGAUGUUGAAAAAUCAGAUAAUAGUCAAAAUUCGGAGGAUAAGCUCUCUGUUGGUAAUUCAGAUAGAGGUCAGAAUUCUGAGGAGAAGCUUACCGCUGAUAAUAAUGAACGCCGUUCAAACAGAAAGUACCGUUCAAGAUCUAAUAGACAUGAAGAGGAGGAAGAAGUGGAGAAGGAGGAAGAAGAAGACCAAGAAGAUAAAAGACAUCAUAAAAGAUCCGGAAAAAGACAUCGAUCUUCACACAACAGUCGGGACAGGCAUAAGAACAAGAGAAGACAUUUGUCAUCCAAAGACACGCAUUCUUACAGAGGGGGCAAGCAUGACAGUACCUCUGACGAUGAACAUCAACGUUCAAGGCGUCGUCAUAGAUAUGAUAGUUCCUCUGAUGAUGAACACCGACACUCUUCCAAACAACGACACAGAGAAGAGCGGUUGUCAGACCACAAACGAAGACAUUCUCGCCGUUCUAAUAAACAUUAUAGUUCGUCUGAUGAUGAGCAUAGGCACCGAAGCAGAAGGGUAAAGCAUGAUAGCAGAUCCCAUGCUGAAAGAGAAACAGAGGUGGAGGAGGGGGAGAUAAUUAUGAAAUCGGAAAAGUCAGCAGUCAGUGGUAGCAGGGAGGCAUCAGCGGGAUUAUCUAAUGCAAGGGCUCCAUCUCAAUCACCUGAAGUAACUGAUGUUUCUGAUGAGCUCAGAGCCAAAAUUCGAGCCAUGUUGAUGGCUAACUUGUAA